GUUGAUUGACUUGCAACAAUGUAAUGCAACAUUUCAAACACAAAGUCUACCAUGUGUUUAAACAGUACAUGGAUAAAUUGCUAACAUGUUUACGCAAAUAAUUGGUGGUUAACAAAAAAUGUAGAACUUAAGCUGAUCUAGAAAGCAAUAUCUUGUCCAGUGUGGCACAUAAGUUCUCCUGCAGUUGAGAUAUGAAGAUGAUAAUGAUGAAAAAUGACUGUUUGUUUAUUUUACAAACAGAAAUGUGUGUGUGAAUACAAAUCAGAUUAUAAUUUCCUGUUUGAGAUACACAGAAGACAGAAAAACAAGACCAGCAACAUCUUAACAGCAUGCUGGAAGAAGGCGAUUAAAGGCUGAGUUCCCAAAAAUAUAUUUUCUUUCACUGGUAUUUAACCAUGUAACUUUGUUUCUCUGCUCAUCUUAUUUUCAGCAUUGAAAACAAAUCAUUAAACGAAAAGCAUCUGUAAAUAAAGCGUCUCCUCACUCUGAAUAAUGCACAGAAUCCACUGUAACCAGUAUCAUUUCAUAGGUAUAAAUUUGUUUUGAUGACAACUGCUCAAAGCAGCUUUUGUGGAUUCAAAGUAAGGGGGAAACUUUCUGGAGGGAGGUUGUUUUGAAAGUAAUUUUUCAAAGCUCUAAUGCAACUUGCAUCAUUCAGCACCACUUACAGCACUUUGAGAUGAUACCUGAGCAAAUAAAACUUUGUGGCUAGAAUUAUAAAUGUUUUUAUUUCUCCAUUUUUAAUUUUGGUGAACCGGAGAAUGAGCUGUUCAGACAUAACAGGAGAAAAAACAGUUAAAAACUCCAAACUUUUUAUCAUUAGCAUAAUUUUGUGUCUAUUUCACUUUAUUAUUUGUGAUUUGAUUGUUUCCCAUCAUUUCAAGAGUCACCGCCAAAGCUUCAAGUUCAGACUGUUGCACAGUUUCUGCAUCCAAAUAUGACUCAUGUCCAUACUGGCUGAGAAAAGUCUUCUGGCUCUAUACAUCAUCGCUUCUCUUUACUCACAGGUCAGUCAAGUUGCCCUCCUGUCGGGCUGCCACAGCCAUUACGAAGGGCUGUGAUGACGCAAACAUCAGCAAAUGAGACAUGGAGUGGAGAAAGAAAAAAAAAACAUGGGUCUUCAUCUCUCAGGGCAUGAGCCCAUCCAUCCAUCCUGUCAGGCUGCUGGGUGUUCUACUGUUUUAGAGUCAGCCCGCCUCUCACUUCACAGCUGUGCGCAUCAUUUGGUUGACCGCAUCUGGAUUACUGAUUACUGGAAAGCAGAGGGGAUGGUACUACCAGAGAAAAUACCCCUGCUGACUCCUCACUUUCUGCUGCAGGGGGUUAAAAGGGACACACUAUCCCAAAUCCCCAACAGACCAAAGGAAAUAUCAAUAACAAACAGCAGCCUGUGGAUGUAUUUGGCGAUGGAGAGCCCAAACUUUACGCACGUUGCUUCCAUAAACGAGACGCUGGUUCAGCAGUCGAAAGUACCCAGGGUCGAGACAGCGAUGGCUUUACCGAUAUUUAUGUUUGCUGGAGGCGCCAUUGGGAAUUUAAUUGCAAUAAUCGUCCUCUCAGUAUCGAGACAGGAGAGGAAAUCUUCAGCCUUCUACACGCUGGUGUGCGGUCUGGCGGUGACGGACCUGCUGGGCACCUGCCUGGCCAGUCCGCUCACCAUAGCCAACUACCUGGACCAGAAUGUGCUGAAGGACCAUCACGUGUGCGAGUUUCACGCCUUUUUGUUGCUGUUUUUCGGGUUAACAGGACUGAGCAUCAUAUGCGCAAUGGCAGCGGAGCGGUACCUGGCUAUAUGCUGCCCGUACACCUACCAGCGCUGGGGGGUGGACCGACGCUUUGCGCAGAAGUUCCUUCUCUUCAUUUACAUCAGUCACAUCUUCUUCUGCUGCCUCCCGAUGAUGGGCAUGGCCAGGAGCGAGCUGCAGUCGUCCGGCACCUGGUGCUUCAUCGACUGGAGGACACACGAGCCCGUGGCCAACGCGUACUCCGUCCUGUACGGCACCAUCAGCCUGCUGCUCAUCCUGGGCACCAUCAUGCUGAAUCUGGCGGUGUGCGGCGCGCUGCUGCUGAUGCGGCAGAGGACCGUGCAGCGGCCCGUCACCAGAGCCAGCGUCCGGGAGAGGUGGAGGGCUCUGUCCUCGGCUGCAGAGACGCAGAUGAUCGCGGUGCUGGUGAUGACCUCCGCGGUGGUUCUGGCUUGUUCAGCCCCGUUGGUGGUCCGUGUGUUUGCAAACAGGUUCAUGCUGAAUAAUGACCGCAAAGCUGACCUGGCUGCUAUCCGGAUAGCAUCUGUCAACCCCAUCCUCGACCCCUGGAUCUACAUCCUCCUCAGGAGGUCUCUGUUUCGGCGGUUACUGAGUUUAUCCAGGCGAGGCGGCAGCACUCGCAGUAACAGUAGUUCACCUCCUACACCACAAAUGAAUCUGUUUUAUCCUGAACUCAUGAGGGACAAUCACGUGCUCACCCAGCUCAUGUGCAACACAAACAUCAUGACUCAACUGCCUGCCACCAUCAAAUUUACUGCGUAUGACACAGAGAGUGUCCUCCAGACUUAAAACAGACUGAAGACGAGUUUGGCGUCUAUGAAUGUUUGCUGCUCUCUGAAGCACCAAGCAGCUCAACGAAGGGAGAUUGUCUCAGAGCUGUUGUCGGCAGGACUGUGAAGAUUGUGCGGGCCCACAGCCGGACAAUCACAGGAGGACCCUCUGAGCUCCUGCAGUAUUAUUUAUUAAAUAAAAGUGGACGGCUGCUCUGCAUCUAGUAUGUAGGAGUCUCCGGCAGAGAGACAGGACAGAUGAGAAAAAAGAACUUGGGUGUUGUUGCCGAAAUGCAACAAUAAGAGACGGCAGAGCCUUUAUUUUGUGUCUUUCACUGCUUCUUUACCAUCACGCCCAUAUAAAGUUCCUCAUCCUCUCCCUUCUCACAUCACGUCACCCGCAGCUCCUCCCUCCACCAGUCAGUCCUCCAGUUCAUGUGAAAUAAGCUACAGCAAUAGUACACAGCUCCUUCAGAUAGCUCAUUUCAUCUUGGAAGAUCCAGGGUCACAAGUAAUUAUUUCCUUUAACAGAAAUAAAAGUGCCUGAACAUCAGAAGAGUCGCUGGGCGAGGACGCAUCACAACUAUUUGUCUGAGAUGUUUAUUCGUGGUGUAUACUGGUGGGUUUCAGGGCCCCCAUCCUCCCUCUGUUACAGCCAUGCCCAUGGGAAACCUCUCAGAAGCACUGACUACUGAUUCAUGUUUGUAUUAAAGA